UAGAACUGUCUGUGGGUGCUGCUGAUAGGAAUCAGCUGCUGAUCGCGGCUAGGGCUGGGGGCUGAGCACACCGGCACCAGCCUACUUCUUGGGCAGCAAGGCAGCAGGAUAGAGGGGUUUGUAAAAAUGCCUUCCACCUACCCUGCUGGGCUUGCCUGAGAGACUCUGAGUGUGGGAAGCGAAGACAAUUAUCGCUAGGCUGGAGAACAGAAAGAGCACCGUCAGUCCAGCGAGUUGCAAGCCUAGUGCUCACCUGCAGAGACAGAAUUCCUGAGCGAACGAACAGAGCGGCUCCUCUUCCAUCUCCAGGGUCUCAUUCUCUUGCCCAGGCUGGAGUGGAGUGUGGUGGUGUGAUCUCGGCUCACAGCAACCUCUGCCUCCAGGUUCAAGCCAUCCUCCCACCUAAGCCUCCCAAGUAGCUGGGACUAAAGAAAUGACCUCCACCUUCAACCCCCGAGAAUGUAAACUGUCCAAGCAAGAAGGGCAAAACUAUGGCUUCUUCCUGCGAAUUGAGAAGGACACCGAGGGCCACCUGGUCCGGGUGGUUGAGAAGGGUAGCCCAGCAGAGAAGGCUGGCCUUCAGGAUGGAGACCGAGUUCUUAGGAUCAAUGGUGUCUUUGUGGACAAAGAAGAACAUACGCAGGUUGUGGAUCUGGUCAGAAAGAGUGGGAAUUCAGUGACUUUACUAGUUCUGGAUGGGGAUUCCUAUGAGAAAGCAAUGAAAACACAGGUGGACUUGAAAGAGUUGGGUCAAAGUCAGAAGGAGCAAGGUUUGAGUGAUAAUACACUUUCCCCUGUGAUGAAUGGAGGCGUGCAAACUUGGACCCAGCCCCGGCUCUGCUACCUCGUGAAGCAGGGAGGCAGCUAUGGCUUCUCUCUGAAAACUGUCCAAGGUAAAAAGGGGGUGUACAUGACUGAUAUUACACCUCAAGGUGUGGCUAUGAAAGCUGGAGUUCUGGCUGAUGAUCACUUGAUUGAAGUGAAUGGAGAGAAUGUAGAGGAUGCCAGCCACGAGGAAGUGGUUGAAAAGGUGAAGAAGUCAGGAAGCCGUGUCAUGUUCCUGCUGGUGGACAAAGAAACUGACAAGCAUCACCUUGAGCAGAAGAUACAAUUCAAAAGAGAAACGGCUAGUUUCAAACUGUUACCCCACCAGCCCCGAAUUGUGGAGAUGAAGAAAGGAAGCAAUGGUUAUGGUUUCUAUCUGAGGGCAGGCUCAGAACAGAAAGGUCAAAUCAUCAAGGACAUAGAUUCUGGAAGUCCAGCAGAGGAGGCUGGCUUGAAGAACAAUGAUCUGGUAGUUGCUGUCAAUGGCGAAUCUGUGGAAACCCUGGAUCAUGACAGUGUGGUGGAAAUGAUUAGAAAGGGUGGAGAUCAGACUUCACUGUUGGUGGUAGACAAAGAGACGGACAACAUGUACAGACUGGCUCAUUUUUCUCCAUUUCUCUACUAUCAAAGUCAAGAACUGCCCAAUGGCUCUGUCAAGGAGGCUCCAGCUCCUACUCCCGCUUCUCUGGAAGUCUCAAGUCCACCAGAUACUACAGAGGAAGUAGAUCAUAAGCCUAAACUCUGCAGGCUGGCUAAAGGUGAAAAUGGCUAUGGCUUUCACUUAAAUUCGAUUCGGGGUCUGCCAGGCUCAUUCAUCAAAGAGGUACAGAAGGGCGGCCCUGCUGACUUGGCUGGGCUAGAGGAUGAAGAUAUCAUCAUUGAAGUGAAUGGGGUGAAUGUGCUGGAUGAACCCUAUGAGAAGGUGGUGGAUAGAAUCCAGAGCAGUGGGAAGAAUGUCACACUUCUAGUCUGUGGAAAGAAGGCCUAUGAUUAUUUCCAAGCUAAGAAAAUCCCUAUUGUUUCCUCCCUGGCUGAUCCACUUGACACCCCUCCAGAUUCUAAAGAAGGAACAGUGGUGGAGUCAGGGCAUGACUCGCACAUGGCAAAAGAACGGGCCCACAGUACAGCCUCACAUUCUUCUUCCAAUUCUGAAGAUACAGAGAUGUGAUGAAAGCAAGUAAUAGCGUUGGCUGUUUAUCUGAUAGCUAUUUCUGGGUAUUUAAUAGGAAUCGUUUCUCAAGGAAUGAGUUGCGACCAGUUUACUGUCUCUUUAGAAGAAAAACUCCACUGGAAACCAUUCACCAUGUGUGACUGGUCUUACGGGUGGCUACUGCAGACUGCUAAUUUAUGCUUAACUUAGGAAGAGAUAAGGCAAGAGCUAGAUUUUUUUCAUGUGAUCUCUUCCAAGCUUCAACUUAACUACAUUCUCUGUAUGAUGUCUCUUACUUCUACAGGUUCCGUGAGCACCAAAGAUGAUUCAUAACUCUGUAUAGGUGAGAGCUGCUUAGUAAAGCAUCUUAGCAGAUAAGCCUAUUAAAAUUGUGCUUCUGUAACAAUGUUGUAGUUGCUAGAAUAAAUACCAUUAACAAAUGCCUUCUGAGUACACUUGAUAGAGCUUUUGUUUUGGAUUCACUUUUUAUGCUUUAACCUUCAUUUGCUUCUAGAAACCCAAAACACAUUAAGUACAAAAUAAGACCUUAGUAAUAAAAUUCAGAAUUUUCUUAAA